UGGGGCAAAUUAUAACUUAAAGAGACUUAUGAUUAACUGCCUUUAUAUUUUCUUUCUAGACCUCCUCCGGGAAUGAUGACGUUGCUGCAGCCAGACCACCAACUACACUGGACUCCUGUGAUGCAAAAUCAAAAAGCGUGCCAAUGACUGACUUCACCAAUUCAUCAAGACCUACCGAGAAUGAGGAAAAAGAUCCUGUUGUGAGGCCCAAAACACGUUCUAAAUCAGAAAAUCAGGAAGUGAAAACAGGAAACUGUCCCAAUGAUAAGACAUCAACCAAAUCAGAAAUGUCAAGGUUUACAUCAGACUUUGACUGCAUAGAGAAGAUCGGCAGUGGAUCCUAUGGUCAAGUUUUGAAGGCAAGAGAAAAACUGACUGAGAAGUAUCGUGCAAUAAAGAUUGUACAAUGUGGAAGUGGAGAGAUUGAAGAAGCUCUGCAAGAGGUGAAGACAUUGUCAGACCUCGAUCACCAUAACAUUGUGCAAUACCUCAUCAGUUGGUUUGAGGAUUCAGGAUACAGUCCAGAUGAGAGUGGCAGUUCUACACAGAGUUCUAUCAAUUCAGCGAUCGGGAACCACUACCUAUAUAUUCUGACUGAGUUGUGUGUAAAAUCACUGAGAGUGUGGAUAGACGAGAACAAUGACAAGAAAUCUCUGCUGGACCCCAAGAGAAGAGAAGAGGCUCUUACUAAGUUUCAGCAAACAGUCAAAGGAGUGGAGUACAUUCACUCUAAGAUGCUCAUCCACAGGGACCUGAAGCCUGAAAACAUCAUGAUUGGGCAAGAUGGAAAAGUGAAGAUCGUAGACUUUGGUAUGGUCACACUUGACAACGAUCCUGAGAACCUGAGGGGGAGAUCGAUGUACAAAGGAACCCCUUCAUACAUGGCUCCUGAGCAGAAAAGGCAAAAGCCUUGUGGCCGAAAAGUUGAUAUCUUUUCUUUGGGGUUGAUAUACUUUGAACUCCUCUGGAAAAUGUCCACCCGUUAUGAAAGGGCCAAGGGUUGGACCGACCUCAGAGAGCAGAAAUUUCCCAAGGAGUUUCAACACAAUUUCCACCAAGAG